AUGACGACGAGCACCACUCCACUUCCAUCUGAACUCCACGAGACACCAGUCAAUGAAGCGAAUGCUUAUAUCGCUGGAUUCAUUUCUUUAAUUUCUAAUAUUGCACUGAUAUAUGCCACAUCUACAGUGAAAACUUAUUCAAACGCAUUCCGAUGGAUUCAGUAUUAUGUUUGUAUUCUUCGUUUGAUGUUCUCGAUGGUUGUUGUGAUCACUUCACCGACUCUAGUGUAUGUGGCCAAAAUGAAAUCAUUAUACAUCGUGAAGGGUGGAUUCUAUCUUCCGUUCGAUAUAGGAACAUUCUUCUUGACCCUUUUUGUUUUCUUCGUCGUCAUCUCUUGUAGUUCUCCAACAGUCCAAUAUCUUCAGUUGUGUCAUUUACUUUCAGACAGCGCCCACAAACGGGAACACCUCGGUCCUAUUCUUUCUACCGUAUCCGUGAUAGCUGGAAUCCCUACACUCGUCCUUGUGUACUUCGGAUAUACACCUUCUACAGCCGAAUUAUUGGAGGCUAAACCCAUAGUCUACUACCUGAAUGGAGAAGGAGAUAGUGCGUUCUUGAUGAUCACGUCUUCUCGAAAUAAUGUUAUCGAUUGGAUGUCAAUUAUCUGUACAGCAUACAUCCAGUUCAUAAUGCUUGCUUCAGUCAUCACUGUAAUUGUGUGUGGAUUCAAGAUACAGGCACAGAUGAACAAGAAAAUGAUGAGCGACGUGGCGAAAAAGUCGCAGAAUCAGAUAAACAUGAUUCUGUUUCUACAGUUCGCUCUUCCAUUUGUCACGGUUCAUAUUCCAUUUUAUGUGUCGUUCAUCCUUCCUGCCUUUGAUUUGGAAAACUCAUUCAUCUCGAGUAAUCUGCCGUUUUUGUUUUCUUGGUGCCCGGCUAUCAAUCCUAUUUUGGUUAUGGUUAUGGUCAAGAACAUUCGUGACCGAAUGUUUUGCAAAUCAGCAGUUUCCAAAAUCAGCUCGACCAAUAUGAUUCAAGUCCGUCAAUCAUCUCAAGUGCUCAGUGCACGUGCACAUUAA